CUCCGAGGUUCCACUCUGGAGGAGCAGAUGGGAUCUCUGGUUGUCGAUCUCAUGCACAAACUCUUAUCUUUGCGCUGGGAGCGUCCCGUCAUCAUCUUGGAUGGACUGGACGAGUGUGGGGCUCAGGAGGAACUUAGGUCCUUAAUGAAGCUAGUACUUAUCCUUGAUGAACUGCCUCCCGCAUUUGCUGUGUUGGUCAGCUGUCGGCCGGAGUCAUCUGUUGUGUCGGCUUGGGUUAGAGCUCGAGCUCAGGGUCUUGUCAUACCCUGUGAAGACAUGGACACUGUCGCUGAGGAAGAGAACUUUCAUACUAUCCACCGCAUGGUGGAGGAAGGCCUUCAGGAUUGCAUCGACAACUCUUCCUGGAAACCAUCAAAAGAAGAAGUGGAUGCGUUUGUCUCAGCAUGUCGUGGAUUGCCGAUUAUCGCCUCAAUCCGAGUCCGGGAUGUCUCCUUUCAAACCUGUCGUGGUGCAACCCUUCGAUCUGAGUUUGAAUACUUUCGUGAUUUGAUCGAUGCCCCUGAAGACAUCAAUAAGGAGUACUUGCGUGUACUUCGCCGUGCCUAUAUGGUUGGCUCAUCUGGAGUCCGUAAACAUACAGCCAAGAAGUACCGUCAAGUGGUUGCGACAAUCAACGCGGCAUUCGAACCACUAAGUGUGUUUUUUAUAUCGCAGCUAUCAGGAAUUGCCGAGGAAGAGGUCCUAGCCAUAUUGGAUCCAAUUCGCUCAAUUGUUGAUCUUCCUUCAAAGCUUGACUUGGAACAUUCUUCGGAAAGUCUUCCAGAAAGUCCUCCAGAAAGUUCCUCGGAGGAAGUCCAGGGUGUCAAAUUCUAUCAUGCAACAAUGAAAGAGUUUAUAAUGGGGGAUCCGAUUGGUGAUGAAAACGACAAAGUAUUCUUUAUCACGGAUGCGAAUCAGUAUUUCCUCGGACUGCCACUCCUCCGAUUUUUCAAUAAUAGUUGUGAGCAGGAUGUGUUUGGGUUUCCCACUGUUCCCCCUUUAGGAGAUGAGGAGAGAUGGAGCAAUCUUCCCAAGAGAGAACAUUAUCACCCUUAUCUUCUCCGAUAUGCUCGUCAUGACCAAUAUGCUCAACCCUCACAACUCUUUGCACAAGGGUCCAAUUUGCAGAACGAGUUUAAUACAUUCCUCACACAAAACUUGGUUACAUUUAUGCACUUGGCACCAAUCGGUGAACAGUACAAGGGAUUCCCUGAUGGAUUUGAUGAAUUCAAGGUAAAUAAAAUCGUUGUGUCGCGAUUAUUUUAAUAUGAUGUCAUUUUUAACAGAAUUGUGAUUCAUUCAAACUUUUGAAAGAAGCUCGAG